UCCCAUGUAUUUCGAAUAAUAACAAUGUCACCUUGUCUUAUCGUAACAAGAUAAUCUUAUCAAACAUUUUACAAAAAUAUCAAACAAUUGUAUUCUUAUUCCUUAUUAUGAAUAUAAAAUAUAAAUUGAAUACUGCAUAUAUCGAUGUUUCAAGUUUGAAAGUAUGACGUUUUAAGUAUCGACUAUUAUGUUUAGUACGAGUAAUAAUUCAUUGGAAUACAUAUGCAUUAAGAUGUUAAAUUAAAAAAAUGUAUAGAAAACAUAUGACUACUUGUUUAUAUUAAUUGAAAAAGUUGUUAGCUUAUAAAAGAACAGUAUUAUAUUUAUAUACAAAAUAUAACAUCACAACAAUCAUGUUGUAUCUAACAAGGUAUUGCAUAUCAACGAUAACAAGAAACGGUAUAACAAAAUUUCUACCAAUUAAACAAAAUCUAUAUACAUAUACUCCAAAAUCAACAGUUACAAAUUCAACCCUUACUCUUAUAAGAAGGAAUGUCAUUUUGCAUAAGGAUUUACUUAAAAAUGGUGGCAUCAUAGCAAAAGGUUUCUCAACAAAAUCAGCUGAAAAAUCAAAUAAAACUGUAGGCAAAUGGCUCUUAACUUGCAGUGGCAUGGUUUUCGUAGCUGUUGUUCUAGGGGGUAUAACAAGACUUACAGAGUCAGGUUUAUCUAUGGUUACUUGGAAAUUACUUGGUGAAAAAAUGCCUACUACUGAAAUUCAAUGGCAUGCAGAAUUUGAACGUUACAAACAAUUUCCUGAAUAUAAAAUCAAUAAUCAAAAUAUGACGUUGGAAGAAUUUAAACGUAUUUGGUGGAUGGAAUAUUUACAUAGAAUGUGGGGACGUUUGAUAGGUGCUGUAUUCAUAAUUCCAGCAACUUAUUUCUGGACGAAAGGUAUGCUAACACCAGGCAUGAAGAUCAGGGUAGCUGUUUUGGGUUCGUUAAUUGGCUUACAAGGACUUAUGGGCUGGUACAUGGUUAAAUCGGGUUUGGAAGAUCGUUUCGUGGAACCAUCAGAUGUACCACGCGUCUCACAAUAUCGCUUGGCUGCUCAUUUAGGAAUGGCAUUUAUUAUAUAUACAGGAUUUUUGUACAAUGCUCUAAAUUAUUUAGUUCCUGCUCAGAAAUUAAAUCUUGAUCAUUCAAAUGUUGAUAUUAGUAAUCUGAAGUCGAAGCUAAAGAGAUUCAGAAUGUUAGUUCACUCGACAAAGGGACUGGUCUUUUUUACUGCUUUGUCGGGAGCUUUCGUUGCAGGGAUGGAUGCAGGUCUUAUUUAUAAUACAUUUCCGAAAAUGGCAAAUAAGUGGAUACCGGAUGAUGUAUUCACGUUAUCACCUCUACUAAAAAAUUUUACGGAAAAUCCAACUACUGUACAAUUCGAUCAUAGAAUAUUGGGUAUCACAACUUUAUCAUUAAUAACUUACAUUGCAAUUGCAUCUCGUAAAUAUAAACUUCCUGGUAAUGCAAAAAAAGCUAUUGUAGCUGUGCUCUGUGCUGGCUAUUUGCAAGUACUACUAGGAAUUUCAACAUUAGUACAUCAUGUGCCCUUACCAUUAGCUGCAUCUCAUCAAUCUGGCAGUCUUAUUGUUUUAAGUACAAUGAUAUGGUUGACUCAUGAAUUGAAAUAUUUAAAAUAUGUCUUAAAAUAA